GUUUGAUAUCCGUAGAUUUAGCUCGAGAUUUGCUCCAAGUUCAUCCGAAUUCCAACGCCGUGAUCGUUAGCACAGAGAUCUUAACCCCGAAUUACUACAAAGGCAACGACCGGGCGAUGCUUCUCCCGAACUGUCUCUUCCGGAUGGGCGCCGCCGCCAUUCUCCUCUCUAACCGCCGCACGGACAGGUGGAGAGCAAAGUACAGACUCUGUCACGUGGUCCGCACGCACCGGGGAGCGGACGACAAGUCUUACUGCUGCGUGUAUGAGAAAGAGGACAAGGACGGGAAAGUGGGUAUCAACUUGUCAAAAGACCUCAUGGCCAUUGCCGGUGAAGCCUUGAAGUCUAACAUCACCACUCUAGGUCCUCUGGUUCUGCCGGCAUCGGAGCAGAUCCUUUUCCUAUUAUCCCUAAUCAGUCGGAAAAUAUUCAAUCCGAAAUGGAAACCUUACAUUCCGGACUUCAAGCUCGCCUUCGAGCACUUCUGCAUCCAUGCCGGAGGCAGAGCUGUCAUUGACGAGCUUCAAAAGAAUCUUCAGCUCUCUUCGGAACACGUCGAGGCCUCAAGAAUGACACUUCACCGAUUCGGAAACACUUCUUCCUCUUCCCUUUGGUACGAACUCAGCUAUAUCGAGGCUAAGGGUCGGAUGAGACACGACGAUCGCGUUUGGCAAAUCGCGUUUGGUAGCGGUUUCAAGUGUAAUUCUGCGGUCUGGAAAUGUAACCGUACGAUCAAAGGGCUUACGGAUGGUCCGUGGACCGACUGCAUCGACCGUUACCCCGUCUAUAUUCCUGAAAUUGUUAAGCUCUGAAAGAAUAAUCUCAACGGUUUG